AUGUCAAAUGAAACAGCGUCUAUGAGAGAAAUACAACACAACCGACAACUCAUUAUGCAAGCUCUAAAUAAGAACACAACAAACUUUUCAAACUAUGCUAAAAUAUCUGAGUCAUUGAAAGAAGGAAACCUAAAACUGACAAUAAACCCUAUGACAGAUGAGUUUCUGUUUCAAGACAAUAAGAACCAUACUGUCUGUAUAAAUCCAACAAAAGGAACUUUAAACGAGAAACCUAUAAAUGAACUUCUUUUGAAAGCAGAUGUUGACAACAAAGCUGACAAAGAAUAUGUAGACGAUGCAAUAGCAAAAGAAGAAGAAAGAGCUAACAAUGCUUAUGCAACAAAAGAACAUACUCAUCCUGAACUAGCAGACAAAACAUAUGUUGACAAUAAAAUGUCAAGUGAAGUGACAAGAGCUGAAAACGAAUAUUCUAAAAAGACUCAUAUACAUUAUAUUAACCAAAUACCAAGUCUUAAGGAAACAUUAGAGACAAAAGCAGAUAAGACUCAUACACAUACCAUUGCAAAUAUUACAAACUUACAAGAAACCUUAAACAGUAAAAGUGACGUUGGACAUACACAUACAUCUUCUGAAAUAACAGACUUAAACGUUAGCCUUGAAAAGAAAGCAGAUAAAACAUAUGUCAAUGAAAUAUACCAAAGUUUGAUAGGAACAACAAAAAAUAUUGAAACUAUUGUUGGUGACUUUUCUGUCAAUGAAGAAAAUAAAUAUUUUAGAUGGCAGUUGGUACAGUCCUUAAAAAAUGGUACACGGCAUAAACUCAUUCCGAAAAAUAACAAUGAAAUGUAUGUAAGCUAUAAAAAGAAUGAUGGUACACAAGUUAAAGUUCCAUUAGACAACAACUGCUACUUAAACUUAUAUGGAGACGAACAAAAGAAAUAUUUAAGAGUUUAUGAAAUGGCAGAUAUGACAUUGCCUGACCCAGCUCCAGCACCAUAUUAUUAUGACUAUGGAGAUGACGACAAAACACCACAUGUAGACCCAUAA